UUGUGCAUGAUGUCUCCACGCACCCUGCAAACGCAAUAUAGGGACGGUUAGAAUGUAAAAAACGAGAUAAUGGGACGUUGGGAAUGGGACUUGGAGCGCUUACGUGUACGCGCAUGUACACACACGCGCGCACACACAAUAGGGCGAUUAGUGGCUCCCGGUGCAGCCAGUCAGAGAGCCUCAGCAGCCGGAGGAAGCUGAGGGGAUGCUGCCGGUGGUGGGUGGGUGGAGGGUGGCGGUAUCGGUGGCGAGGGUGGGGGUGCGGGGGGGCUACGCAACAAUCCCAGUCUUUGGACAUCCUCUCUCUCUCGAGAGAGAGAGAGAGAGAACACACGCGUGUUGCGGGCCGGAAUCAGCGGGACAAACCAUGCAAAGCAUUUCUUUUUAGAACUUUGCACCUGACAUGCAGCUUAACUUUGAAGCUCACGCACAGCGCGCUGUUUUCGAGCGGUAAUCGACGUCUGAUUGGCAACAUGUGGCACCCGAAAAAUUAGGCACCUCUCACGGAGCGCCGAGUCCCCAAUUCUUAUUCCCCCACCCCAGUGAUGGAAUGAAGGCGAAGCCAAUCAUGGAUGAUAAGUCCGGGAAGCUCAUCCUGGUUCCUAUCCUGGCUGUGCUUUUUGUCACGAUAGGCUACCAGUACAUCUGUCCCGCCGGCAGCCAUUCGUGUCCGCUGCAAAACGGAGAGGCACCGCGGGGAGUGAGCUUGCUCUCCGCCGGGUACCAGGACGGGGAUGAUUUCGUGGACCAAGACCUGGAGGACGACAAUCCCGCCAAGCUGCCGUCCCAGUUCAACUUCACGCAGCGAGACCUGGACCGACGCGUGGAGUUCAACAUGAAAGGGGACGACGUCAUCGUGUUCCUGCAUAUCCAGAAGACCGGCGGCACCACGUUCGGCCGGCACCUGGUGAGGAAUAUCCGCCUGGAGCAGCCGUGUGACUGCAAAGCCGGCCAGAAGAAGUGCACCUGCCACCGGCCGGGCAAGGACGAGUCGUGGCUCUUCUCCCGCUUCUCGACGGGAUGGAGCUGCGGGCUGCACGCCGACUGGACCGAGUUGACCAACUGCGUGCCUGUCAUCAUGGAUAAAAAGGAGGUCCAGAGGAAUAAAAGGAAUUUCUACUACAUCACCAUGUUGCGCGACCCGGUCUCUCGCUACCUGAGCGAGUGGAAGCACGUCCAGCGCGGCGCCACCUGGAAGACGGCCCUGCACAUGUGCGACGGACGUUCGCCCACCCAGGAUGAGCUGCCCACCUGCUACAAUGGCGAGGACUGGUCGGGCGUCUCCCUGGUAGACUUCAUGCGCUGCCCCUCCAACCUCGCCAACAACCGGCAAGUGCGCAUGCUGUCCGACCUGAGCCUGGUGGGCUGCUACAACCUGUCCUCCAUGAACGAGACCCAGCGCGACCAUAUCCUGCUGAGCAGCGCCAUGAACAACCUAAAGAACAUGGCCUUCUACGGCUUGACCGAAUUCCAGCGCAAAACUCAGUACCUGUUCGAGCGGACGUUCAGCCUGCGCUUCAUCUCCCCCUUCACGCAGAUCAACAGUACGCGCGCCGCCAACGUGGACCUGAGCGAGCCCGUGCGACGACGCAUCGAGGAACUCAACUUCCUGGACGUGCAGCUGUACGACUACGCCAAGGACCUGUUCCUGCAGCGUUUCCAGUUCAGUCGGCAGAGGGAACGCCGGGAGGUGCGCUUGAAGAGGCGCGAGGAACGCCGUUGGAUACACGAGCGGCAGCAAGCUAGGCCGUGGCUGCCCAGACGCAGGAUGGAAGCUUCGAAAAGCCAGGAGAAAGAGGACAAUGACUUUGCCGGCACCACUGAGGACUACACGAGCCAAGUGUCUCGCUGGUGAUGUCAUAAACUGAAAACAGCGUCACUCUACGCUACUCGCGAUAACUUUUGAUUUGGCUUGUGGGUGAAAUUUCACAAUGAACCAAAAAUGCACUAUAUCCUCUACAGUUGACCCUUGUAGUAAGUCUUGGCCUUAAUUGACAUUAAUAUUUCUUAAAUCAACCCUUCAAAAGUCUUCAAAAUUUUUUCAGCACUUGACAAGUAGGAUUCGAUGAGUGUAAAUUGUCUCAAAUCUCUGUAUCCUCACUUCACAAAAAAAAAAA